CGCUCGCCCGCGUUCGCCUUAACCUGUAGUCUUGUUAUUAUAUCACAAGUGACGAAUUACAUUAUAAUAUUACUCUCGUGAAAUAAUCACAAUUAUAGCUCCAACAUGGCAGCGGACAAAGUAUUCCACUCCAGGUCCCAAGGCAUCCCUUCAGAGGGUGUCAAGGAUCAGUACGCGGAUGGCAUAGCCGCGAGGAUAUGGAAGAAGUACAUUGGAGACAGCAACCAGAGAACCCAAAAUUAUAAGGACUUUCUCACUGGUAUAUUGAGGAAACACGGCUGCGUUAAUGUGCUGGAUGCUGCUUGUGGUACAGGUAUAGAUUCAAUGAUGCUAGUAGACGAGGGCUUCAAAGUUGUAUCGGUGGACGCGUCGGACAAGAUGCUGAAACAUGCGCUCAAAGCGCGAUGGGAGAAGAGAAAGGAUCCGCGGUAUGAUGAGUGGGUAAUCGAAGAAGCUUCCUGGGAAACCCUGCCUCAAGACGUCGACUCAUUCCUGCCAGGCGCUAAAUUCGACGCAGUUAUUUGCCUAGGAAACUCUUUCGCCCAUCUUCUAGACGACUACGAGGACCAAAGAACACAGAAGAUGUGCUUAGAGAAUUUCGCGAAAGUUCUGAAACCCGGCGGUCUUUUGUUUAUAGACCACAGAAAUUAUGACGCCAUGAUCGACAGUGGCGCUACUCCAGGCCAUUCUAUUUAUUAUAAUAGCAAAUAUCCAGUUGACAUCAAAACAUCUGUGUUGGUGGUGCGCGGGAAACCUGAACUCGUCGCUUUGGACUAUUGCAUCUGCCCCACAGAGAACGGAGAUGUGUCACAAAGGAGUGAAUUCCGUCUCUGCUACUACCCGCACAAGCUGAACAGAUUCACGCAGAUGCUAGACGAAGCGUUCAAAAACCGUGCGAAACAUGACAUUUACGCAGACUUCAAAGAGCUGUCACAAGUGCCCGAGCCCGCGUAUUAUAUCCACGUUAUGAAGAAACUUUAGCUUGUAAAUAGGUUAAAUUUGUUAAUAAAAUUGUUGUUUUAA